AUGAUGUGUGAUAAUUUCAUUGAUUAUGCAGGUAUUGAUGAUACUAAUGCUAAUGCUAAUGCUGAUGCUAAUGAUGAUGAAGAUAAUCAUACUGGUUAUUAUAAUGUUGCUGCUGAUCCUUUAAUCAUCAGUAACAAUAAUUAUCAACUUCUGAUUGAUGUUGACGAUGAAAUGCUAUUUGAUGAUAGCCAUAUUGAUGACAAUAAUGACAACGAUGAUCUUGGUACUGAUGGUGAUACUGCUAUUGCUGAUACUGAUGAUGAUGAUGACGAUGAUAAUAAUAUUACCAAAAUUUAA